AUGAGACUUAUUCGCUUAUGGAUUGCAGAAGGAUUUGUGAAGGUAGUACAAGGAAAGAAGCCGGAAGAAGUUGCAGAGGGUUACCUGAACGAGCUCUUUGCCAGAAGCUUGAUCCAAGUGGCAGAGACAACAUGUAACGGAAAGGUAAAAAUGUGCCGCAUCCAUGACCUUCUACGGCAAAUUAUUAUUUUGAAAUCGAGAAGCCAAAACUUUGCAGUGAUAUAUAAAGAAGAAAAUGUGUCGUGGCCGGAAAAGGUCGGUCGCCUAUCAGCACACAACAGAUUACAAAAUGUACCACAUGACAAGAGCUUUUCUCACCUUCGCUCUCUACUCCUGUUUGACAUGGUAGGUUCAUUAUCGAAGUCAUCCAUAUACAGAUUUUUGUCCGGUGGUUUUAGGCUGCUCAGUGUGUUGGAUCUACAAGCUGCGCCUUUAGAGAUAUUUCCUGAUGAAGUUGUCAGAAAAUUCCAUUUGCGUUAUCUAAGCUUGAGGAAUACACGGGUGAAAAAGCUUUCCAAAUCCAUUGGGAAGCUUCGUCUUUUGGAGACAUUGGAUCUCAAACAUACCCAUGUCACUAAGUUGCCUGUUGAGAUCCUGAAGCUCCAACAGCUUCGCCAUCUCCUUGUAUACUGUUAUGAAAUAGAAUCUUAUACACCGUUUCACUCUAAAUCUGGUCUCGGAGCCUUGGCAGGAAUAGCAAGUCUGCAAUCCUUGCAAAAGCUCUGUUUUGUGAAGGCAAAUAAAGGCGGUGGUGUCAUAGGGAAAGAGCUAGGGAGUCUCAAUCAGCUGAGAAGGUUAGGCGUUCUAAAGCUAAGGAAAGAAGAGGGGAUGCCCCUUUGCUCUUCCAUUGAAAAGCUGAGCAAUCUUCGAUCAUUAUCCCUGACCUCAAUAAAAGAGGACGAGAUCAUUGAUUUGCAGCAUAUAUCCUCUCCUCCUCAGUUUCUUCAACGUCUAUAUUUGACAGGGCGCCUAGAGAAGUUACCACAGUGGAUGGCUUCUCUUCAUGGCCUGGUCAGAGUAUUUUUGAAGUGGAGUCGCUUAAAGGAUGAUCCACUUGAAACUCUUCAACAUUUACCCAAUUUGGUGCAUCUUGAAUUUCUUCAGGUUUAUGGCGGAGAAAUAUUGUGUUUUAAGGCUCAAGGGUUUCAGAAGCUUAACCUUCUAGGUCUCGACAAAUUAGAGGGAUUGAGGACGGUAAUAGUUGAGGAUGGAGCAAUGCCUUAUCUUGAAAAGCUAAUUAUCAGACGCUGUAAAUUGUUGGAAAAGGUACCCAUAGGCAUAGAGCUCCUAAACAACCUAGAAGUGCUCGAGUUUUCUGAUAUGCCUCAUGAGUCGAUGGAGACAAUACGCUCCCGAGUACAAGGGGAAGAUCAUCAGAAAGUAGCACAUAUUCCCAAAGUGUACUUCACCUGCUGGAUGAAUGAUUGUUGGGUUCGCUAUCCUUUAGAAGGAGAGAUUGAGAAUGAAACUUCUCUCCAGCCGGCGGUACGUUACAAGUAG